UCUCCCGUGGUUUGCGCGCUUUAGUCGCGCGAUCUCGUCCGAAGCGUCGGGCCGCUCCUUCGUCGCGCUCUCGCACCUACGUCUCCAACGAUCGAUCGAUCGAUCGAUCGAUCGAUUGGUCGGUCGGUCGGCCGUGCCCCGCGCUUCGAAACCUCCUCCGCCACGAGUGUUCGCGCGAGCCUCGCAGAAAAUUGCGGUCUGCGCGCGCGCGCGCGAGUAUAUCGAGAAUCGCAAUUUUCUUAUCGAACACGUGAGACGCGGCAGGAUUUCGAUUUUGAUCCGCGCGCCUCAAUGUCGACGUUGACACUCGCGAGGACACUCGGCUUCUCCUGCGCGUCGCGACUCGAACGGCCGAGCGUCCACACACGACACGUCGAUCUCGUUCAUCGCGCGCGUGAGUGAGACAGAACGUGUUCGAACAGUCGCGUAUGCACGGAUACGACAAGGCGGGGAUAAGUUUCGGACGAUGGACGAGGUGAGUGGCAGGAGCGUGGUGAACGGACUCGAAGCUGAGGAAUUCUAUUUGCACGAGAUUGUGGUCGCGGGAAAUACCCGAGGAUGACGCAUGUUCGACGGUGGUGAAGUGGAGCAUCGUGAGACAUUCCAAGUGGACCUCGUCGGCGAUAAUCGUUUUCUCUUACUUUCGCUCGCGUCUCCCGAUAUGGAGUAACGUACGGAAUAAUUGCUCAUCAGCAGAGGCGACGUCUCGUGUCUUCGCCGAGCAGGCAGAUAAACGGCCAUCGACGCUCACGGGGACGUAAUACUUGAGAGCGGAAAAAUCGAUGCAACAAGGCGAAGGAAUCGGCAGGAGAUCGCGCGCAGGAAGUGUGUGCGGGCUACCGUGAACGACGAGGAGAGAGAUAACGAGACCGCGGCGCGAUGUCGUCGAGUGGUGAAUUUUCGACAUUGUCGAGCGGCGAGGCCACCGGAACCGGCGAGGACUCGUUGCCGAGCUCAAGAGAAGCGACCGCCGAGGCCGCGGGUUCCGGCGGCGGCUUCAUGCCGCUGCGCGAGUUCCUGGACAGAUUCUCACUGCCGAGGGUGGUCAGGGUCGAAGGUGCCGGCGGUAGGCCGAUAUUGCUGUACAAGCAGCAGCAGAGAUCGCUCCGAGUCACGGCAACGCUGCUGAUGCAUCGUUACCGUCACGACGUCAAAGUGGGACCGGAAAUAGUCAUCCCGGAAGGUUAUCCCGGCUGGUUCUCAGUGGUCUCCAACAACAGUGGUACCGGGAACGCCAGGGUGUACAGAAGGGUCGGCGCGUUGGUGCGCGCCGGAGUGCCAGCGUUCUUGCUCGCAAAGCCAUUGCGAGCGUAUACGCUGACGCACUCUAAAAUGGAAAACGGCAACUUGCGAGCCCACUACACGAAGACGACGGUACGCGCAGGCGAAGUCCUGCGGCUGACCGCGGUCUUCCAGGACACCCGUCGCGCUCCGGUCGCCAAUGGCGUAUCCGGAGCGGUCGGCGGGGUCCCGGAGGGCAAAUGCUCCAGGUCCUCGGAGAGAGAUCAGUACGCUCAAUGCUUGGACUCUCACGGACACGAGCUCUUCGCGCCGCUCUCGGCCAGAGGCGAGUUCUACGCGACCUGUCAGAGCGGCAGUCUCGACACCGGCAGCGACGCGGUGCUCUACAGGGUCCACCAGCUCGCCAGGAGGGACCUUCCCCUGAGGGUGCGCUUAGUCGCCGGACCCCUACCCAUACCGUUGCCACGAGAUUACAGCGGUUUGAUGCAGUUAGAGAAUGCGACCAGAGGACCGAUAGUGCUCGGCUGCGCGGUGCCGUUAAUGCCCGAGAGACCCUUGCCCAACUCCACUGUACCGGAGCUCUUGGAACUCGUCGCUACCGGCCCAACCGCGCCCCGAGUGAAGAGGGCACGAUUGGGGUGUCCUUCCGAAGCGAGAUUGCUCGCCUCGCCGAAGAUGCAACGAUUGCUUUCGGCUUGCAGAAGAGCCCUAGAUCAGCGAGCUACCGAGCCACGAGUCGCCCCCCCAAAACCUGCGGCCAACAACGGUCAGCUGAAGGAGCUGCACCUGAAGGAGAUAAAAACGAAGCCGGAGGCGAAACCGAUCCUACAGAGCCUGAAAGAGGGCUUAGAGCACAUCAAGCGGACGACGAUACGCGACCGUAGCAACAGCCGUAGUGCCGGCAACAACCACAGCUUCCUCGACAGGAUCUCGAGGAUAGCGCAGGGUGGCAAGAGCAGAAACCCGGCCAAGAAAUCGGCGUCUUUCACGUUCGCGGUGCGACCGGAGAUCGGCAUGAGAUCGCCGGAGCGCUACGCCAGCCUGGAGUCCGACACGAACCUGACCGGUCAAGCGUCGCCGUCGUCCAGGCAGCAGGUGCAACGCUCCAUUUCGACGAGCGUGCUCGAGGUUCAAACUGGCAACAGUCCGGACAUGGAUCCUCCGUACUCCAAAGUGAGAGAUAGCCUAACGCCGUUGCCACCCACGCCGCCGCCGAAGCCGGAAGAGAUCUACGCCGAAAUCUGCGAGCUGGGCAGCGGCGACGGCAGUCCAUCGUCCCGAGACUCUCCCGUGGAGAAGCCGCUGGGAAAGAAUCAAGGUACGAGGGAGCGGGAUCGCGGUUACGUGAAGCUCGCGUUGUCCCAUUCGUCCGACGUGUCGGCGAGCACCGGCGGCGACGGCGACGGCGACGACGAGGAAGGCAUUUACAACACUGUGUGCUGAGGUACACACGCCUCCUUCCACGGAGCCGACAUCCGCGCUGGGGAAUCGCCGCGCGAUCGAUAGUAACUGGCCCCGGGGUCGACCGGAACAAAUGACGUGACGUGCGAGGGGUCGAGAGGUCGCGGGAGUUCCUCGACGCGGUCGCGGAUAUCGAUAAACACGCCUACAGGUGCGAGUGGUACCGGCAAACGUUUGUCUUGUGAGCGUGUCGUUCGAGAAGGCGUCUCUUUCUCUCUCUCUCCUCUCUCUUUUUACCUUUCUUUCCCUCUGACGAUCGAAUAAUCGAGCCGGUACUCGAUGAAUUCCUUUUUCAGCGGCAAAAAUCACCGGGAGGAAGAGAGACCGAGUUUCUUAUCUAUCAAGAACUCAUUUUACUUUCGUACGCGCGUCAAAUUGAAAACUGUUCUUCCAAGUGGCCGUCGAUUCUCUCGUUCGUUGUAUUAUUAGGAGGGAGACAGGCAAGAGGCGCGCUUUCCGGCACGAAGAAGAAACGCGAAGAGACGGAAGCGAUGUAUCGAUCGCAUCCGCAAGCGAGAGAAAGAGGGAGAGAGAGAGAGAGAGAGAGAGAGAGCAAGCGCGCGAGUCGAUGAGGAUCGGGAUUUACGGCUCGCCAAGGAAAUUGCUCCGCGGCGGCGGUUUCUUUCGCUGCCGCCGGAGGAUCCGGGCGUCGAGGAGUCGCCGACGCGAACGCGGACAUCCACCACCGGGAGGAUACCGUGGACCCGCACUCGCGAGUUCGCGAGCGUGAGCGCGCGGGAUGAUUUACAAGGCUGUUGACCGAGGAAAAUGAUCCCGUAAUUACGGGCCCCGGUGCAUGCUGCUGCUGCUGCAGCGGAUGUAGCGGGGCACGCCGGGGAUAGCACGCAGAGGCCGCAUCUCUCCGUGGCUUCCGUCAUUAGAGAAUCUGUCGUCUCGCGAGAGGCGUGUUAAUAGUAGCGGCCUCCGCGAUUACCUCGGCCACGGCCGUUGAGUGACAUUGAUGUCGAAAAAACGCGAAUUAACUUCACUCGGAAAAUAUCCGCUGGCCCGACCAACACGCCGUGAAAAACGUGUCGAGGAGGUGCAUUCGACUCAAGUGACGAGCGCGGGAUCGUCACGACGGACUAAUGAAGGCAAAAGUGCCAAUGCCCAGGCACCUAAUACUGAAUGUCCACCUUGAUGGAAAUGAUGUCUAAUAACGUUUUACCUAAAUUCUUUUCUUUACACAAAGAAGAGUUUCGGAACUCUUCAAAAGGAUGAAAGUGUUAUUAGAUACUUGAUACUCUUUCUUACUCUUUCGUUUCCGCCAGUACUUAAUACUGGACAUUUUUAGUGUUUUAGUCUUCAAAUACUAAUAUCUAAACUUUCAACAACAAAAAUAUAUAUAUUCUAUAUAUUAAACGUUUAAAUAUUUGUGUUUAAAGAUCAAUAUAAUCAGAAUAUUCAGGAGUAGGUACGUGUCCGGGAAUUGGUAUCUUUGUCUUAAAUCGAUUUCAAAUUGAGAUUUUUCUAUCGUCUAAGGCUCUUUGAUCAACUCUGGAACACAGUGGUUUCACCAUGAUAUCAGAACCAAAUCAUAGCUUCAGGAAUAGUGAUCUCACAAUAAAACUACCGCUCAGCAUAGUGAUGCACUCUAUUAGUUUUUGUAUUACUCGUAGUAUUCGCUUCAGUUUGGUUUUGGUAAAAAUAGAAAAAAAUUAAUUUCAAAAGGAACGAUCUCUUGGGUUGUCGUUCUAGACAUGUGACAUGAAUAUUCUAUUAGAAUCUGAAAUUUGAAUUUGGAAAGUUCUAUGCUUCAAAGGGUUAAUCAAAUCGCCAGACGAAACCGAGAUCUUUCUUUCUAUCGUCGCAGGUGCUUCGAUUGCGGAGAACACUUUCAACUGGCGCGAAAUGCUUUCGCGACCUCAAAAUUUGCGAACCGGAACGCCACUUUCAAUCGAUUCACAACGUGACUCUGUAAUUUCUCGUUAUAGUUUUGCCACGCGUGUCGAAUCUGUGACGCGUUUCGAUGCAAGAAUACGACGAGAGCGGGAGAAGUUUCCUAACCGAGCGGGCGACGGUGGUACACGCGGUCACGUCGAGUCAUACGACGUGGACAACGUGACGCGAGUCGUUGAACGGGUCGAUCUAAACUUUCCGGACACGUCCGGAAGACGCGCGCGGGGCACGCCAUAAUCCGGCAGCGCGGUCGCGAGAAAAUCGACGGUAGAAUGUAAACUAGCCGGCCGGCGGGCCUUCCAGGAAGAGGAAAUCACGGGCGUCCUUCAGAGGUCUAGGUCAUCGUCGGGAUCGUUGGGAUACGGACGACGGAAGCGCGACUCGGCCGUGCAACCCGUGAGCUCGAGCUAUCGACCGGAGCGAUGCUUUGCGACGAUUAAUCCAUUAGUUCGUCAUGCUUCGCGGCGUUUGCUUGCCUUUUCGUGUACGAUGACCCCGAAGUUUCGCGCGCGCGCUCUCUCGCCCCGCGAUUGCGUGACGCCUCGCGAUUGGCUGUUAAACGCGUGAUUACAAACCUCGCCGGUACGUAGCAGGUACGAAACGCUUCGAGGAAACCGGGAUAUCUCCUCGGCCUUUCUCCCUCGCUCUCCCCAUCGCCGUUCCUCUUUCUCUCGUCCUUUCGCAUGACGAUGCGCGCGUACUCGCUCGCUCGCUCGCUCGCUCGCUUGGCUAAGCGAGGAUGAUGAAGGAAGGGCGCAAAAAUCGAGGGAAAGAGACGGGACCGUCUAAUGGGAAAUACCCGCGGGAGGACGCGAGGGAACCGCGGGACUCUCGCGUUCGCCAACGAUCCUAUAAUUUUCUCUAACUCUAAUCCAACGUCUCUCUUCGGCGCCCGACCGCUCCAAUCGCGCGCGAGCGCGCAAUGACGAUGUAAUAUUUGUAGGUUUUGUGUAUAUUUGAAUGAAGUCGUUGCAAAGUGGAAAUAAAGACGAAACGUUUCUACGACGAA